CGCGGGAAAGCGUGGAGUGGGAAUCCGCGGAAUCGGCGCGUGGAGUCGGUGCUGAAACGGCCGCGUGACGUCACAUGCCGGACGACGCGAAGGUCCGAGGAGAAUGAAGUCGGUUUAGUUUCGGUUUAGUUUUUUUUUUUUUUAAAUCGACGUGGAGGUGUGAGUCUGAUCCGGUGUCUGUUCGGUUCUUCUCUCGAGCCGAAGCCUGAGUCCAUCAGAGGCUCACUGAGGGGGUGUGUUGCCCUAAAAAAUAGUCCAGUGCAGUUUGUGAAGACCUAGAGUUGUCUCUUUUUAUAACACAAAGACCUUUACGGAUUUAAUACAUGCAGAUUUUUUGAGUGCUUGAGCCUACUGUUUGGUCCGGCCCGUUGGAAGAGAGAGAGAGAGAGAGACAGAGGGAGGGUAGGGCACAACAUGGCAGCUGUGAAGUCCCAGGCAGGACCCGGGGCCAUGCAGUCGGCAACAGGGCGAAAAAAGGACGGCUUGGUCAGACACUGUGUUCAGGAGAAAGCAGACGCACAGAAACACAGGCCCAACUCCGUCUUACGGUCCUUCUCGGCGGGUUUUGGGGAAGCGUGGCCUGCCAAUUUGGAGCAAACAAACACCGUCCUUUCCUUACAGUCUUCCAAUGUCCACCUGCCAUACCGGAGUCCUGAAUCAGUAGAAAUGGAUGAGAUCAUGGCUGCGAUGGUCCUCACCAGUCUGUCCUGCAGUCCAGUGAUCCAGAGCCCCACACAGAGAGACGCAUUGCCACAUGGUCCACUGGAUAUGGAGUGUGGUGGAGGAGAACUGUCGGACAGUGGCAGCAGCGGUUACUGGAGCUGGGAGCAUGGCAGCGUCAGUCCUGCUCCCUCACCGUCCGUCACCGAGACAGACAGCAGCAUGGGGCAGCUGGGAGACGAGGGGCUGCGCGUGGAGCCAGACCCGGGGGCACGUGACGAGCCGGAGAACCGGUGGUGCAAGAGUUGGAGCAGGGGAGCAUACAGGUGUUUGUGGCCGAGCUGCGGAAAAGUGCUCACGUCACGUGUCGGGAUGAAGCGUCACAUUCGCAUCCUCCAUCUCGGAGGUGCAGAACAAUCUCACAGAGAAGAAGAUUUCUAUUACACCGAAGUCUCCUCAGAGGAAGAGGAACCGACGUCUCCUUCUCUGUCGUUCACCAGUGGGCCCUGGUCCUCAUGUAGCUCCACCCACAGCCAGCCCACUUCCCGAGAAGCCCCGCCCUCCUCCAGUGCCUUCAGCCAAUCCGCUCCCAGCAGUGUGUGGCAGAUACACACGGAACAUCUCUACCAGGCCCCUUGUGCACCCAUUGAGACGACCAAGUCCCCAGACUCUCCUUCCUCCUGUGACUGGACUUCAGCUGGACUCCAGCUGAGACCUCAGAUCAGCGUGUCACGGAGCCGCUCCGUCAGCGUCGGUGAGCAGUGGCUACAGCGGAACAACGUUCCUAACAGAUCACACACCAUCAGCGCGUCACCAUCCAGAGGCCACUGCUCCACCCGGAAAGGUCGAGGCGAGGCCAAAAAGUGCCGCAAGGUAUACGGAGUGGAGCGACGGGAUCAGUGGUGCACCGCCUGUCGCUGGAAGAAAGCCUGUCAGCGCUUCCCUGACUGAAAAAAAAGCAAAAAAGAGAGAAUCUCAGUCUUUCCUUUUCCUUUCUUUCUUUCCUUUCUAUUUUACUGGACGACUCCUGGCACUGUAGAGACCCGAGAGAAGAGACAUUUUUUUGUUUUUUACCUUUUCUAGCCGUUUUCCAGAUAGAUAUUUUUUAGGAUCCUGUGACAGAUCUGUGACGUGAGCUCUGGUGAGGAGACGGUGUGACGUGGUUCAGUCUCCAUCCCUUUCUUUUCUUUUUUCUUUUUUUCUUUCAUUCCUCCGCAGACGUGCACUUCGAACGCUUUUGAGAUUAUUUAAGUCGUAAAUGUCACUUUUGGUAUUUUUUCUAUUGCUGUUUUUAUAUCCUGAACUGUGCACUAGCAACAUUGAAGUUCAUUGUGUUUCUCUGGAUUUUUUU